UAAGUGAUCAACCUUUCAAUUUUCUUGUGGUGAUAUAUUCUACUUUACCUGAGUCUACCCUUUCCUCUUUCUCUCUCUCUCUCUCUCUCUCGUGUUCAGUCUUCUGAGGAGGUAGUUUUGUGUCAUAAUUGUGGAAUGUAGCUUUCCUCAUCUUUCAUGUGAAGCCCAUUGAUGGUUGCUGCAACCCAUUGAAUAGUCCCCAAAGUUCAUUCUCGUAGGAUACACUUUGCCCAAUUAAUGCCCUUCAGCCUAGCGGGUGUCUUCAAUUACACCAUUUGGAUGAAAAAGAAAACAAGGGUAGAAAGGCUUCUGGAGGUUUCCAUGGAGACAGAGAACGGUGACACGAGGUCCAAAAAGAUGGAAGAUUACGAAGUGAUUGAGCAAAUUGGAAGAGGGGCUUUUGGCUCUGCCUUCCUCGUCCUUCACAAGUCCGAGAAAAAGAGGUAUGUGCUGAAGAAGAUUCGGUUGGCCAAGCAGACAGAGAAGUUCAAACGUACAGCACACCAAGAGAUGAACCUGAUUGCAAAACUGAAUAACCCAUAUAUUGUGGAGUACAAAGAAGCUUGGGUGGAGAAGGAGGACCAUAUAUGCAUUAUAACUGGCUAUUGUGAAGGAGGUGACAUGGCUGAGAACAUAAAGAAAGCUCGAGGGUCAUUUUUUCCUGAGGAGAAGCUCUGCAAAUGGCUGACUCAGUUGCUGAUAGCUGUGGACUACUUGCACUCUAAUCGUGUAAUCCACAGAGAUCUUAAGUGUUCCAACAUAUUCCUCACCAAAGACAACAACAUUCGGCUUGGUGACUUUGGUCUUGCAAAGCGACUCAAUGCAGAAGACCUUGCUUCCUCGGUUGUUGGAACUCCAAAUUACAUGUGUCCUGAGCUCCUCGCUGAUAUACCUUAUGGCUAUAAAUCUGAUAUGUGGUCUCUUGGUUGCUGCAUGUUUGAGAUUGCUGCACAUCAACCAGCAUUUCGUGCUCCAGACAUGGCUGGACUUAUCAAUAAAAUAAACAGAUCUUCCAUUUCUCCACUGCCAAUUGUUUAUUCAUCCACACUGAAGCAACUUAUCAAGAGCAUGCUUAGGAAAAACCCAGAACAUAGGCCAACCGCAGCUGAAUUGUUAAGGCAUCCGCUUUUACAACCCUAUGUUCUUCGCUGUCAUAAUGCAUCAUCUAAUUUUCUUCCAGUAUAUCCCUUAGUAAAUUCAAAGGAUAAAACAAGAAGAUCUAAUAAAUCUAGCGGUGGCAAGGACCAUAAGGACAAAGAAGCAGGAUUAGUAAAUCGUUUGGAACGGGUUCAUCCAAUUGAGGGAAAUGGAGAUAUACAGAUAAGCAAUCUUCCUAAUGAUGCAGUAACAAUCUCAACCACUGCAGAAGACAGUCUUGAGACCAGGAUGGUUGAUCUUACCAGCUACAUAGUAGAAUCUUCUACAAGUAUUAGUGGCUCAAAAGAUGGGUCAACAACAUCUGAAUCAACUAUUUGCAGUGUGUGCAAGGAGGACUUCAAAAGUAGACCUGCAAGAGAAACAGUUAAUAAUGAGAUCUCCUCAAAGAGUACACAAGAUUCUCUGCAUGAAGAACAAGGAAUUGAUGCUAAACAUUUUCAUAAAUUAGAAGACAACAUAAAUGCAGUGACCACAGAAGUUGAAGAUGCUUCUUGCAAUGAAGGUUUGGAUAAUGCUGAAGCACAGAGGGAAGAUGUUAACCUUGAGGACUCUAGUAAAUCAACGACGUCCAGUGAAGGCAGUAGCAGCAUUGAUAAAGAUAAGUCCGUUAAUGAGGAAAGGUCAUCGCUAAUUGUGCAUCAACACGACACUGAACUUGGAAAAUGCUUGAAGGAAAAUGAAAACUCUGAUGUAUUUACAGAAGGCUCACAUAUGAACUGCUUGUCAUCAGAUAGUAAUGAUGCACUUCCAGUUAAGGAUAAUGACACAACAAACAGACACAUUAUUCACUCCACACAUAAAGAACACGAUAAUGCAGUGGAGGUCGAUCAGACACCUAGUGGUGUUUCAUUGAGUGUAAUAACUGAUGUAGGUGAUGAUGAAACAACCAAGUCUGUGUUGGAUAGUCCCUGCCAGCAAAGAGCUGAUGCUCUAGAAUCUCUACUUGAGUUAUGUGCUCAGCUACUUAAGCAAGAUAAACUUGAAGAGCUUGCUGGGGUGCUAAAACCAUUUGGGAAAGAAGCUGUCUCAUCAAGAGAAACAGCAAUAUGGCUGGCAAAAAGCCUCAUAUCUGCCCAAAAAUUUAAUCCUGAAACCUAGUUAUAAGAAUUUCUGGUCAUAAAUUUAUACAUUAUUGUAAGAAAUGUGUAUUUGAAAUGUCACGAGUUUGUUCUUUUCGAGGUUGUUGCUUGGUUGAAGAUUGGAGACAGGAAGGUAGCAUGCCACAUGUUCUUUCUUGGUCGUGGUAAAUGGUCAUAGUAAAUGAAUUAAAUUAUUUUUGUUAGGUUGGAUAUUCGUUUGUCCUUGUUUUCCAGCAGUCUACGGGCCAUUGAUUGUGUAAAUUGUCACUUCCCCGUUUCAGAACUAAAAAAUAACCAUUGACUUGGAGCUUGAUGGUUUAUUUGUUA